CAUUUGCAUCCAUCACUGAAGUAAACAUAGCCAAGCAUAUUCACACUCUUAACAAACUCUCUCUCUCUCUCUCUCUCUCUCUCUCUCUCUCUCUCUCAAUUGUAUUCCUUUCCUACAAUGGCAAUUCCAGUGAUUGAUUUCUCUAAGGUUAACGGUUCUGGUGAGGAGAGAACCAAGAUAAUGGCUCAGAUCGCUAAUGGGUGCGAGGAAUGGGGGUUCUUCCAGCUGGUGAACCAUGGAAUUCCAGAGGAGCUCCUGGAGAGGGUGAAGAAGGUUUGCUCAGAGUGCUACAAGCUGGAAAGGGAGGAAAAUUUCAAGAACUCCAAACCGAUGAACUCAUUGAAGGAUUUGGCAGAGAAGAAAAAUGGUGAGAAAUUGGAGAAUACGGACUGGGAAGAUGUCUUCAUUCUCCUAGAUGACAACCAGUGGCCAUCAGAAACCCCUGGAUUCAGGGAAACCAUGGCUGAAUACAGAGGUGAACUGAAGAAAUUGGCUGAGAGGGUCAUGGAAGUAAUGGAUGAGAAUUUGGGCUUACCCAAAGGAUACAUCAAGAAGGCAUUCAAUGGCGGAGAAGGAGACAACUGCUUUUUUGGUACCAAGGUUGGCCACUAUCCACCAUGUCCUCAUCCAGAGCUGGUGAACGGCCUUCGAGCUCACACAGAUGCCGGAGGUGUCAUCUUACUCUUCCAAGAUGAUGAGGUGGGAGGUCUUCAAAUCCUCAAGGAUGGAAAAUGGAUUGAUGUCCAGCCACUGAAAAACACUAUUAUCAUAAACACCGGUGAUCAGAUUGAGGUCCUAAGCAAUGGCAGGUACAAAAGUACCUGGCACAGGGUUCUGGUCACUCCUAACGGGAACAGAAGGUCAAUUGCUUCAUUCUAUAACCCAUCCCUCAAAGCUACAAUAGCUCCUGCACCAAAACUGGUGGAGAGAGCUAACCAGGAGAUGAAUCGUCAAGAAUACCCCAAGUUUGUGUUUGGUGAUUACAUGUCUGUUUAUGCAGAGCAGAAGUUCCUUCCCAAGGAACCAAGGUUCCAAGCUGUGAGGACCGUGUGAAUAUGCAACUAGGUGCAAUUUCAAUUUUAGAGGAUUACACCUAUUAAUUCAUUUUUUUAAUUUCCCAUUAAUUUCUAGUUUAUGGGUCAUACUGACAAAGAUUUGCCUCAAUAAUCCUGAAAGCUUCUUUCUCCAAAAUAACACAGAAGAAGAGAAAAGAAAGCUGGGUAUCUUUGUUUGCUUUACAUUGUUUUUCUCUUUUCUUUCUUAAUGGCUGGGUUAUUCAUUGCACGGGCAUGCUAA